AUGGGGAAUGAUGGGGGAUCAAUCAACAAAGUCACUAAACUGCAAUUGAUGAUAUCCGAUGUCGGUCACAGUGCGAAAGAUGACGACCGAAACGGGUUCUUAAGGGCUUCGCAAUGGGAAUGCUGCCGUUUGUCAAACAAGAAGCUCGAACUACCGAUUGUGAGUGACUACAAGGGCCAUUUAUUUAACAAAGAAGCCAUACUUGAAUGGUUACUAACACCGGAUCGUGAGGAUUACAGCCAAAACCAGAUUGAAAAGUUUUCGCACAUUCGGAAGCUUGAUGAUGUUGUUGAACUACGAAAUCUGAGCCAAGUGAGCGAUGGUGAAGGCGAUUUUUCAUUGCGAUGCGAUUACAACGAUACCAAGUUGGGUCAAUCCGCUUCACGAUUAGUUUACCUGGUUCUUUGCGGAGAUGUCCUACCAGCAACAUCAUUAAGCAUAUCUUCCAGCAGACGUUGUCCCAAAUGCGAUCAACAGUACCAAGAAUUAGACGUAAUAACUAUUAACCCGUCGGCCAAGGAUGCUCUGGUACUGGAAAAGAGAAUGCAGAAAAUAAAAGACACUCAACAUCACAACAAUAGUCCCAGAAAGAGACUGAAAAGGAAGAGACAGGAUGACAAAGCCAGUCGAACUAAGAAGAUGAAAUAA